GGAGGGCAGUUUGAAAAAAAACUCUGCUGGGGUUUAUUUAACAACUUAGCAGUGCGAUAGGAAGCGAAAACCCCUGCAACAAAGCUACUAUAUCAUCGAACUGGCUCUUUGAAUAGCGUUGGCACGUUAUGCUCGAGCCGCUGAGCUGGCGCUACAGUUAGCAAGGAGCAGCUAUUCGGCAUUGACAGCUAACAGUCGGUUAGCUCUUGUCGCGUGAGCGACUUUCCCGACUCUCUUCAUGACGCCUAAGAUUUAGUGGGACAAACAUGGCCAGCGUGCACGAGAGCUUCUACUUCAACCCGAUGAUAACGAACGGCGUUGUCCAUGCCAAUGUUUUCGGCAUUAAAGACUGGGUGACGCCGUACAAAAUCUCUGUUUUGGCUUUACUGUACGAGAUGAACGAGUCCAAGUCUGCGCUGUCGGAGAGACGAAGGCUGAAUAAACUCAUUAUGCCUCUGCAGCAGAGCUCAGACAUGACUCUUGCCCAGUUCCUGAAGACCGUGGAGGAGUGUUGUCCUCAGACCGCUUAUGCUGUCAAAAUCAGGCUACAUGAAAUGGCAGAUGGAGAGCUGAAGGAUAUGGAAUACUUCUUCUCAAAUCUUCCCACUCCAUCCACUGCUAGUGAUAAUGAAGCCUAUAAAACCAGUGUUGUGGGCCUUUUUAUGCGGCACAUGCUUCUGGCAUACAACAAGCUUUCCUUCAGCCAAGUCUAUAAGCUGUACAAGUCUCUGCAGCAGUAUUACCACGCUCACUACGCCAAACCCGCUGAUGGACAGAUCAGUCUCCCGGCACUGGCAGCCGACGAAUCAGUCAUGGACCUUACCAGCACAGAGGAUACUGUAGGGGAACGAAUCGACAUGGAGGAGGUGGAUACUCCUCUGCAUGAGUCAGAGCUGAGGAAUGACAACAACAUACCAAGCAAAGGUCCCCUGUCACAAAAACAAGCCGAGUACUUUCUUGCACGACAGGCAUACCUUUUGAAGAAUGAUGAGAACAAAGCGCUGAAACCCGCCUCGCUGCAGGAAGAGCUUAACAACAUGCUGAAGUUUAACCCAGAUUUUGCAGAAGCGCACUACCUGAACUACCUGAACAGUAUCCGAGUGCAGGACAUCUUCCUGUCCGCUCACAGUCUGCUGCACUACUUCGAUCGACUCAUUUUGUCUGGGAAUGAGGGGAAGAGUAAUGGAGACGAGGGAUACGGUCGAAGUUUGCGCUACGCUGCUCUUAACUUAGCAAGUCUGCACUGUCGCUUUGGCCACUAUCACAUGGCUGAGUUAGCUCUGCAGGAGGCCAUACGCAUCGCUCAGGAAUCCAAUGACCACGUUUGCUUACAGCACUGUUUGAGUUGGCUGUACACACUGGAGCAGAUGAAGGGCUCCGACAGCACAGUGUUGACCGAGGACUCUGUGAAAAUGGCAGCCCACUACUGUCUGCCUUAUCACGCAUCUCUGGGCAUUCAGUCCUUGGUCCAGCAGGGGGCGAAACAGGGCAAGCCCGCGCAAAAGCUGAUGGACGCUCUGAAGGAUACUGACAUCGUUCAUUGGAAGGACAGUCUGUCGGAGCUGAUCGAGAUCAGUUUGGCUCAGACCACGUCUAUAUGGAGGAUGUACGGCAAGAGCACCAUGUCAGCGCAGCAGGCUCAGCUGCUGCUCAACAUGAGCAGUCUGGAGCCUGUCAACUUUGGGGUCCAGCAGAACAACACAGACGCCUUCGCCGUGGUGCUGUGCCACCUUGCCGAGCUUCAUGCUGAGCAGGGUCUCUACAGAGCUGCCUCAGAGAUUCUACAACACCUGAAGGAGCAGUUUCCCCCUCACACUCAGAACUCAAAGCUCUGGAUGUUCUGUGAUCUGAAAAUCCAGUUUGAAAAGCACCUGAAUGAAGGCAAAUACAACCUGCCAGAACACCUCGUCCCUGCCAUCUCUGCUUUGAACAAAGAUGAAGGUCUCUACAGAAAAGCUCAAGUCCUGAAGGCUCUCAACCGGACCACUGAGGCCUCCGCACUCUUGCAGCGACUGCAGGUCCACUGUGAGAAGUCCACAUGUACUGAGAUGCUCAUCAGAGUGAUGCUGUCCACUGCCCAGCUCCACUGGGAGUCCUCCUCUGGCUUCUCCACGGCUCUGCCUCUCCUCCUGCAGGCGCUUGCUCUGUCUCGACAGCACCACCUCCAGUCACUGGCCUCGGAGACGAUCCUCCACCUGGCCUUCACUCAGUUGAUGCUGGGGAUUCCUGAGCAGGCUCUGGUGGUGCUGCACGACGCCAUCGAGCCGGUCCUUGCACACGGCAGCGUGUUGAACAAAGGUCGUGCUAUGCUUCUGGUGGCUCGCUGCCAAAUGGCAGUGGCCAAGCUCAGAUCCAACAGUGCCACAGAGCUACGUCUGGUCGUGGACACACUGGACCAGGCGGCGGACUAUUUCUCCAGGCUGAACUGCAAAGAACGCCUGCGUGUGGUCCACUACCUGCAGGCCCAGCUGCACCGAGCACUGGGUCAGACGGAGCAGUGCAACAAAAGCGCCAUUCUGUUCCGCCUGCUGGACCAGGAGCUGCAGACACCUGCACCACCGGUGUCCAUGAGACUCUGAGCCACGCUUGUAACUCUCGCUCUGACCACUAGAUGGUGGUGAAGGCCUGUCUAGACGAACGCCGUCACAUAAACAGUUGGUGAGUGAAGAUGAAUCUCCAUGCAGGCUCUGUUACAGCUCCACCAGAGUUAUUGCCCGCGCCUCAUGGUGGUCCGGGACCUGUUUAUAAACUUAAGCGUGUGACAGGUCUUGAACACACACACACACACACACACACACAGAGGCCAGCUCAAACCGUAAUGGAAAAGUUUAUCAGGAGCCAGCAGUGCGUGCUGAUUUAUCCUGGGCAUGGCUAAUAUCACGGCCGGCUGCGAGAUGGAUGUGUUUCUGUGACCCGCUGUUCAGCAGCGGAAUAUUGAUGAGGCUUCCUCCGGGAGAACAGUCGUCGUCACGUUUCACAUCGCGGCUCAAAGUGUGACGGUCAUAUUCUGAAGCACCUCCUUCAAUAUAAUAAAUAGUUUCGCUCAUACCCAGCAAUCAGUUUUUAAUUAGUCUGGCGCGCGAGCGUGAGAAUCUACCUGCAGAUCUCUGGAGUCAUUUUGUUCUAAAUAGCAUCUUCCCACAGUAUUUGAAUCAACGGUUUGUACAGAGCUUGGAUUUGGGGUGUGUGUUCCUCAGCAUCAGGAGGAGCUCCCGGGGCCUGUGUUUAGCUUGCUGUCAUCGUCCGCAUAAACACGUAGAUAACAGUGACAGCAGCUCUGCUCUCCGUCCAAAUAGCUGUCAUGUGACACAGCAAGACGUCUCAAGUGAGAAACACGACCGACUGUCUGUUUAACUUAGAUGAGGCCGCGUGGUGUGGCGUGUCUGGGGAGAAGGGAGACGGUGUGUGUUCUCUGAACAGUGCGGCUCCUCGCACGUUUGACCUCAGCUGACCAAGAUGGUGAGGAGAUUCUUCAUAUGGAUCUCGUUCUCCAUCACCUGACUGGACUGGAAACUUGAUAUGAGCCUUACAUACACGGGGGAAGUCCUCACUCUGACAGUAGCAGCGUGACAGAAUUUGUAUCCCGCCUUAAUCUUUGUUUGAGCAAAGUCAACUGUGGUUAUUAGACCCGAUUUAAUGUCAGAGUGGAGUAAAACACUGUAGGAUAGCGCUUGAUUUGAGCCCCGUACAGGGGGCAACUAAUUCUGACUCAUUUGUGGCAGAACUCCAGCUGCUUACUUAUAUUUACGACAAUUAUUAGACUUGAUGUCUGAGUGAAACUUUGACUGUCCCCUAACCUUUGAAAACCUGUGAAAUUCAUUUAAAACUUGAUGACAAGCAUUUCAAGUUUUAAACAGUGGGGAUAGAAAUUCUGACAGGGAUACAAAAGUUUGCACCAUAUAAAUGCACACGUCUCCAUAUACAAUAGGCCAAAAAAAAAAAAGUAAUGUAACAUCCAUGUAAAACCAAUGUACAACUACUCUAUAAUAAAUCUGCAUCCCAGUUAUACUUAUGUAGAAUCAGGCGUGGUUAACUCGGUCUGAGAAAGAGGGCGCUGGCAGGCUCCCUCUGCCCCGCCACGCUGUCUUUCUUGUGCUGCAUGAUGCUUGACAACAAGAGGCAAAAUCAACUGGCACUUCGACUUCAUCACUAGCUCCCCCACUCACCAAACACUCGCCUCCUAAACACUGAGGGGCAAAUGUUGCUUGUCACGUCGCUUCAACAGACAUCAAGCAACAGCUAGCGUUGUCCUUGUAAGUGUCACAACAUUCCCCUUUCCUAAAACCGGCAGCUAAUUCCACAUGUUUAAGGAGGAUGUGCGUGGUGGAGGCGAGGACCAGAGGCUCAGUCAGAAUCCUGGAGUGCAACUAAAGUUUUACCCACCUAAAACAGCAGUUGUGGGGGAAGUACGGUGGCCCUGAAGGGCCAAUGGAACAACUAGUACAAUGACAGCACGACUACAAAAAUGGAAUCAAUACAAUAAUAACAAAACUUUGUCAUUCCAUUUUUGCAGUCUAGCUUUUCUUUUGUGGCUGUCAUUGCCCCUACUGGGCCACUGUAGUAGUGAAGCUCAAAAUGCUAGAUUGUAUUCUGAAUAUUUUUUAUUACUUUACAGAGUAUGAAAUGACGAUUGUCAGCAUUUCUCCUUACAAACAUGUCUAUUUGGACUCAGAAAUAGUAGUGAUGCACCUAUGAGGCUUCAUGAAACAGUGUUCUCACUUUCAGAGCCCACUAGAUGGCACUGUCUGCUCCAAACCUCACAUCAUCUUCACCACCAACUGACCCUUUAAAUUGUGUUAUCAUGAAGCCUCAUCAGCCCACCACUACCAGCCAGCCACCCACCCACCAGACCCCCAGUGCCCUCAUUCCGGAACUCAGCAGGUGGUGCUCUUUCAGCUUUCAUUGAAAUGUUGUGACACUUUCAAUGGAGAGAGCGCCCUCUAGUGGGCUCUGAAAAUGAGGACAGUUCAGCAAGCACAUCACUACCCGCACCUGGACUGAGGUGCUCCGGCCAUGCUGCAUUUCUUGGGUUUUGAGGUCAUGCCUCAACGUUGAAUCGGGUUCAGGUUCAGGUUACUGGUGUGUCACAGCGCCCUCUCUCCACCAUGGUGCGCGGUGGCUCUCGGUGUAUCCCGAAAGACUCAUCUUGCUUUCAGCAGUCCACACAAUGCUUUUCCAUUAGCUUCUUGUAGACAGAAGUGAUUUGGAGCUCAGUGUCACUUGUUUUUCUGGCCUUCAGUCCUUUCAGUGUUGAGUCUUCAUCUCUUAAUUUUAGGAUCUUCUUUUGCCGCCUUUUCCACCAUAACCAGAGGAGUGAGUCCUUCACAUGCAUCAAGUAAUAAGAAAAAAAAGUAUCGAGGCACUGUACGUGAGACUUCAAGGUCGCCAGACAUGAUAGGUAAAUUAUUGGUCUUUGUCAUACAACUGGUUGACAUGUUCCUGAGUUCUCCUGAUAUGUCGUCUUCAACAUGAAACCAUUUCAAACAAGCAGGUAUGUUCUGUGGGAGCUGCGAGACAUCAACAGGUGUCAGACUCAGGUUCUUAAACGUCAUGGUUUACUUGCAAAACAGUUUUUUUUUUUUCUCAUUUGAUCCCUCUUCUGUGAGCGGAACCUCACAGCGUCCCGGAGGUUCCAUUGAAUCAGUAUAGACCACUUGUCCAGGUCGGUGAUGGUACGGCCGUUGUGGCUUCCGGAAGCCUAUAUUGUCUUCAGUACCCUGCAGGAUACCCUCCUUUCCUGGGGUCUGACUGUGCACAGAGAAGCUCUCCCUGCCGAACCACCGCCUGGACCACAGAGUCUGGGAUCUCUAGCAGCUCCGUGACGUGGUUCUUCUGUGUUAAUCCCUCCAGAACUUCCUGCCAACAUGUUCAAACAGACGAUUGUUUUGGUGUCAGAAACGACCACCAGGGUUCCUUCACCAGGACCAACAGAAUGGAAUUGAUGAAGUCAAGUAUGUUCCAAAUUGCCGGCUCACCUUUUCGAAGCCCCGCUCCACCACCGUCAUGUCGGGCUUGAGCUGAUUGUGUAGCCGCGGCGCCGACACUGACUUCUUUAGGUCGUAGUUGAAGAACAGAGAGUUCAAGAUGACCUAGGACGGGGCGAGUUGUGGGUACAGUUACACACAACCUGCGGGCGACUGUCAGACGUGAGAACAAGCACGUACCAAGGCAGUAGAUGUGGUGAUCUUCAUUCCUCCUGACGCUCCGACCACCAUUUUGACUCGGUUUUCUCCAUCAAAGAUGAUGGCCGGACACAUGGACGACAGCGGCCUCUUACCUGGAGCAUAUGGCGUUUCAGCCGUGUCUCAUUCUAGUCAAUUCAUUUGCAUCUUCCACACCUGGUCUGAUGAAGUUGUUGACUGACGGAGGAACUCCGAAUCCAUUGAUCAUGUAUGGAGAACUGAAGUCGUCCAUUUCAUCAUUAAAUAUGAUCCCAGUUGAGCGGGACAUGACCUUGGAUCCAAAACUGCAAACAAAGAGUGAUGAAGCAACGGCAGGCUUUAUUCUGAAGGGAAGAUAAGGUCUGCAGAGUUAUUUCAUGUCUGGAUCAGAUAUCCUACUAGAGAUUAAUGGUGCUGGUGGCAGCCACAGCGCUCCCAUCCUCGGCAAUGACGGACAGGUGAGCCGUCCCGUGGUUAUCUGGGACGUAGUAGUGCGGCUCGUAGUAGCUGCCAGGGUGUGUGGUGUCGUCCGUGAUUCUGCCUCUUAUUGCGUCGGCAAAAUAUUUGGAAGUCAUGUUUUGGAUGAGCUGAAAGGAACAGAACGAACCGGUGACUAAGCAGAGAUCUGUCAGCUUAGCGUCAUGCAGUUUGUCGGCACAGCAAGACUGGAAUUACUGUCCCGUAUUCCUGCGAGUUUGCAUGUGAAAUAAAGUUGUCCUUUGUUGCACCGGUGCUGUCACAGAUCUCUCAAGCUGCCCCGCCGCUUUACCUUAACUCAGAUCGUGUGAUGUCCAGGAUAGUCUCAGUCCGAGGGCCUCGCCUCAGAUUGAGGUCUGAGUAAAACUUUAAGGCCUGUUUAUGCUCGAUGUUACAUACGGAUCUGGAUACAGGUGGAGCCUGUCAGUGCUCUUCGGUCAUUUCAUCCGUUUCCACAAAGUUUACAGAUACGGAGCAGUACCACCUGUUAUAUGUAGCUCUGAGACACAAAGAAGACAUAACAAUGAAGGAAACGCUCCGUCCUCAAGUGGCGAUAUAAACAACUCUCUGUUUCUGUUUCCUCUUUUGUGCAAGAGCUACAUGAUCAACACUGACUCCACAGUCACCAUGUUGGUUUUGGAGUUGGUCGUUGUCUUUUGACUCUUGGCUGCCCCCAGUGGAUAUAUUGGUGAACUCUUGUAAGUAUGUGGUCGGUGGUCAUUUGAAUAUGAUGGAUGCAUGUUUGUGCUGUACAUAAAGGGAGCAUAAAUAGGCCUAAAAACUGGUCUUGCACAAAGGUUUCUUCCAAUUUAGUUUUUUUUCAAUUUUAUGAUGCACAUUUUUUAUGACAACUUCAACUGUAUUCUCAAUUUUGAGAAUAUUUAAAUACAUAUGUUGAAGUAUGUUUUUAUAAAUUCAGCAAAUGAUUGUUUCCUUUGAUCUUUUUGUCCUAUUCAUUUUUCUUGGGCGCUUCCCCCCAUCUCAAGGCUCUUUGUCUUCACUCCUCCUUUCUUCACCAUCCUGUCAUAUAAUGUUCCUCAAAGGAAAUGUCAUUGCCUGAGCCUUCUGAAGCUAAUUCCACUUGAGCACUUGCUGUAUAGCAUUCAGCUUUAACCAACCCAGGGAUCCUGUUUCACUUCAGCACUUUGCUGAACCUCCUCGUGAUUCUUUUGAGUCCAAAUGCAGCAAAUGGCUUGUCAACUGAGACGUGGUUGGGACCCCGUGGAUGGUCAUACCGAGAAGACAUCUCAGUGAAGACUGAAAUCCGAUCGGAAAAAUGGAUUUCGAAGCGGCAAAGUAUGUACACAUCACACGCCAAAUACAGUACGUUUACAGAACAGUUUACGAUGAACAAUUCAGAUCUUUUUGUUGUGAUCGUUCACACACCACGGCAUCUGCCACGGUGUUUGCGGAAUGCGGCCCCUCGCCGAGUUCUCGCUUCUAAUUUGGGCCAAUAUCGAUAAUGUCUCUUCUUUUUGCCUUCAACUGUUCUCCGCCACUUCGUCCGCCGUUGCGUUCCAUGCCUGUUUGUUUUGUUGAAGAAUUGCAACGUUUGGCGCAUAUUGAUGAGGUAUAGGUCAGAUAAACGUGACCCGAGCGUCUGCACUACAGUACCAUCAGAGGCAUAUCCACUUUAUGUCCACAUACUAGAGGCCUGGGGCGGCUUUGAAAACAAUUGUACUGUUGACAUUAAGAUCAGCGCAAACACAUGGGUUUCCCGGACAUGACUUCUGCUCUGCAUUUGUAAGGAUUAGGAAUGUCCCUGGAACUACUCCCAAGACCCCAUGCCGUCUUCUUUGAUCCCACGCUUUCUCUACAAACACUUAUUGGACGACUCACGUCUGUGAUGUUGAGGUAGCAAGGGUCCCCCAGUUGGCUCCUCUUGGCGUAGGCGAAUCGGAAUGCCUCUAUGAUGCGAUGGUAUGUUAGCGUCUUUUCCUCCGCUGUUGCCACGCUUGAGUGUGUGAGGUUGUACCCUAAGAGAUGAAUAUUAUUUUACCCUUCCUGUUUGUGAAAGCACGAUGCCAGUUGAAGCACCGGACAACAAGGCGGAAAGAUUGGCCGGCGGCGCUGAGCAGCUUCCAAAACAGACUGUCCGGGGACGACCUCUUGGGAAACCCGACAUGUUUUCUUACGCAUGACUGCGGAGGCGUCCUGCCAGGUCACUCACCGUCCAGUAUGUUGAGUAUAAGUGCCAAGACCGGACCGCUGGAGGGAGCGUCUGGCACGUACAUGGUGUAUUCCCCAAACCUCAGCUUCAGGGGGUUUUCAUGAAGUAUCGGCUGGUAUUGGAGCAAAUCCCGGAGGGUGAUGAUCCCACCUGGAAUACACGCAGCUCCGUAUUUUGGUCGUCCUUGAGCGGAACAACAUGUUCACCGUGUGUGCGGUUACCUGCUGCUCUGAUGUCCUCGACGAUGCUCUGGGCCAUCGACCCUCGGUAGAAGACGUCCGGACCCUCUUCUGCUAUUCUCUGGUACGUAUUUGCCAGCUUGGGAAAUCGGAUCAGGUCCUUCUCCUUCAGGACAUUUUUGUGAGAGUCACAGAACACCUCGCUGGAAAGACAGACGUUUAUUUGGAAGCAUGUGGAUGACCCAUGUUUUUCAGGUUUGUGACCCAUUAUAAUAGAAACAGCUUUUAACAUUGGUAUUCAAAUACUAUUGAAGGUGACAGAUUGCUUCAAUCUGCGUCUGUCGGUCUACAGUUGCCAUCUAGUGGCUUUGCAACGGGAACUAGUUCUCUAUCGCAAUGAGUUACAUUGUUGCAGAAUUGGACUGCCUCUCACCCAAACUAGCUGGGACAGGCUCCAGCACCGUAAAGAGAAUGGUAGAAAAUGAGUGCCACAAUGCUGUAACUCAGAGAGAGAGACACCUGUGGUUGGCCCCCAACAGUAGAGUCACAGCAGCUCCUCACCACAUGUUGGCGUCUCCCUGAAUGAAGUCUUUGCUCUUCAUGAUGGCGUGAGCCAGGGCCUUCCCGAUAGGAAAGCCGUGGCGAGCCAGAGCGAUGCUGGGCUGGAACAGCUCCCUCCACGGCAGCCUGCCAUGUCUCCUGUGAGCCAUCUCGUACCCACGGAUCUCUCCUGGGAUGGCUAUGGACAGUCCACCUGUCGCAUGGAAACACAAGCUCUGACUAUCCCAGGGCCUCUGUCAGACCACCAGAAAGAGAAGGCUCCCUCAUCCCGAGUCAGAUGCCGGAGCUGGAGUCUGGCUCCAGCAGCCUGCAGCGACAACAGUCGGUACCUGUGCGAGAGAGCUGGGUGUUGUUGCCAAACAUGUCCUCUGUGGCGUUCAUGGGCGCCGUCUCUCUGGCAUCUAUGGUUUCCACCUUCCCUGCGGUGAGGAACAGAGCUAAGAAGUUUCCCUCCACCUCUCGGAGGCCGACUUGCCUGUGGAAGCGUUGUAGAUCACAAAGUAGACCCCUCCUCCGAUGCCGGUGCUGUGUGCAUUGAACAUGCCCACGCAGAGCAAGCUGGCAAUGGAGGCGUCCACCGCAGAGCCUUUUUUCUUCAAUAUGUCUCUGCAAAUGAGCACCGGAGGCUUUUUACGUUGGGCAAAUGCAGCACAAAAAGAAAAAUACUUUUCUCACCUUCCGAUUUCGGAGCAUUUCCCCGCAUCUGCAGCGACCGCUGCUUUUAGGAAAAACUGUUCAGAGCGAGGGGGUGGGUUCUUCCUGCCUAAGCCCAUGAGCAGUCCCAGGAACAGGCUCACCACGGUUACAAGCAGCGCCACCACGCUGGCAAUCACACGCUUCCCCACCAUCUUAUUGGUCCAGGAUGUGGACACACCUGAGGCUGGUUAGAGCUGGAGGGAACCAGUCACAGUGAUUGGUUCACUGUUGGACAUACGCACAUGUAGCAGGCAGAUUAGCGGUGGUGACUGUAGAAACCUGACUUUGUAUCCUUGUUAUUUCUCUGUCCAUUAGGUACAUACAGACAAAAUAUUUUAACAUUUCAAAUGAAUUAUUUUGGAAGAACAUUUGCGACAAAUAUGUUUUUUUAUUUUCAUUUUUCUAGUAGUAUAAUUUAAACGUUCAACUGCAAACUUGACUUCAACUAGUGCUCUUAUAAUUUUCUUUUUAUUUCUAUACUUUGGACUGUUUAAGACGACCACAUGUGGUAACCCAUGGUUUUAGAGUUGUCUACGGUGUGAAGUAUCACCUUGACAUAUGGUGAGAGUGAAUGACACAUAAUGCACGACACACAAGUGGAUACAAGCGGCUGAUAUGAGUUUUCUAUGACAGGUGCAGAGCUUGGGUGAGAAGUUCUGUCACUCGGGAGAGACUCGGAGUAGAGCCGCUGCUUCUCAGCAUUGAGUCAGUAGGUUCGGGCAUCUCAUGAGGACGCCCCCCUGGGGGCCUCCCUUUGGAGGUGUUUCAAGGACAGCCAGCUGGGUGGAGACUGAGGUGUCGACCCAGGACCAGGUGGAGGGAUGAGACCUCUUCACUGGCCUGGGAGCGUCUCGGGAUCCCUCAGUCGGAGCUGGUGGAUGUUUCCUUGGAGAAGCUGCUGCCCCCACGACCCGGCAUCAGAUAAGCGGUUGAAGAUGAAAGGAUGGACCAUCAAACAUCUUAAAAAUGUUCACUAAAUCAAAGUCAUAUUUAUGAUCAUGUCUUUAAAAGGAACUAGAAGGGCGCUGGGACAGUGCAAACCUCCGCCAAGCCUCUCGCUUUCGCCUUUGAUUUUAUUGCUCAACAUGAACACUGUAUAUCAAAUAUAUUCUGAGAACAAUGGGCUUGAUCGGACUGCAGGUGUAGCAUUAGGGAUCGACCAUAAGCAACACAGCAGCAAUGAGAAAUCCUUCAAAACGUUGUUAACAGCGGUGGAAACUAAAAACAAAAAGGGUUUUUAUUCAGUUUUUAUAAAAUAUCCGGGUCAAGAUGUGGCUGAACCAUGUCUUGAGUGACACGUAUUCCAGCUGACCUCCACAGGCACCUCAGGCACAGCAGACCAAACACAAGGAAUGUAGGAGGUGAAGAUGAGCAGCCGGGCUGCGACAGGUUCAGAAAACCGACCGUGAAACGUCAUGUCUACUUCUGCAUCCCUCAUUCUGACGGCGGCUGGCGACACUGGAACGGAGCUGUCUCUCCCAACACAGAGUUCACAGUAUCUUCACGCUCCUCCAGUCUCGCAUCCCUCCCAUGUAGCUAACUGAGGUGUGUG